AUGGACUCGACCAUCGACACCCAUUCUCUCGGUUACGCCACGAAAGAGAGAGUUGAGGAGCUCAGAGAGUCUUUAGGCGAAGUCAGAGCGCGGAUGUCCCAAGCCGUUCGUAGCCGCAAAGUUCUACCUUCUGCAUUCCGUCACAAAGACAUUGUUCUCGUUGCUGUGUCAAAGUACAAGCCAGCCGAAGACAUUUUGGCUUGUCACGAGGAAGGUCACCAAGUGGAUUUUGGAGAGAAUUAUGUUCAGGAGCUCGUGGAUAAGGCAGCAAUCCUCCCCCAAAGUAUUCAAUGGCAUUACAUUGGGACACUUCAAAGCAAUAAAUGUAAAGUACUAGCAGCCAUUCCUAACCUAUUUGCAAUACAAACUCUUGAUACGGCCAAAAAGGCAACGAUGCUGGAUAAAGCACUUCCAUCCACACGGGCAUCACCACUCAACGUCUACAUUCAAAUCAAUACUUCUGGAGAAAACAGCAAAUCAGGGCUUCCGCCCCUGCGAACGUCCGACGACCCCGAUGCGAGGAAUAUCGCCCAAGUUACCCAACUCACUCGGUAUAUCCUUAGUGACUGCCCCCAGCUCUAUCUCCGCGGGCUAAUGACAAUAGGUUCAAUUGAACAAUCUGCUUCGAGUGAAGGAAAUGAAGAUUUUUCCAGAUUGAUCGAAACUGCUACUAUUCUGGAAGAUCUAUUGAGAAAGGAAGAUGGAAAGUUGAACUGGGGGGUGGAUGGUGCGCUGGAGCUGAGCAUGGGAAUGUCUGGCGAUUUCGAGCAAGCUAUUCGGGCAGGGUCAGGGGUGAUCAGAGUAGGUACGGCGAUAUUUGGCCAGCGAAGAGUGAAACCCAACGCGGUAAGUUGA